AUGGAGAGAGGGCAAGGGAAUCAUUUCCCAAGGAAAAUAGGCAGCAGCUACUCUUCCCGGGGAAGUGACAAUGGAGAAGUCUUGCCCGAGUCACAACCUUCUGCCCCUGGGACUUUGCCUCAGUUCCAGAUGGAGCCAGAGGAUGCCUAUAUCAUCAAAAGCAAUCCCAUCACCCUUCGAUGCCGUGCUAUGCCAGCUCUACAGAUUUUCUUCAAGUGUAACGGGGAAUGGGUGCAUCAAAAUGAACACAUGUCUGAUGAGAGUGCUGUUGAUGGUGCAGGGCAGAAGGUUCGAGAGGUCUUUAUCAAUGUAACCAGACAGCAGGUGGAGGAUUUCCAUGGACCUGAAGACUACUGGUGUCAGUGUGUGGCAUGGGGUGAUCUAGGAACUUCCAAAAGCAGAAGGGCCUCUGUACGGAUAGCUUACUUGAGGAAAAACUUUGAGCAAGACCCCCAAGGAAAAGAAGUACCGAUAGAGGGAAUGAUUGUCCUUCACUGUCGGCCUCCAGAGGGUGUACCCACUGCAGAGGUAGAGUGGCUGAAGAAUGAGGAGCCUAUUGAUUCUGCACUGGACGAUAAUAUUGACACAAGGGCAGAUCAUAACCUUAUAAUACGUCAGGCUCGUCUGUCUGACUCUGGAAAUUAUACGUGCAUGGCAUCUAACAUUGUUGCCAAGAGGAGGAGUGCAUCUGCCACAGUAGUGGUUUAUGUAAAUGGUGGCUGGUCUUCAUGGACAGAGUGGUCUUCUUGCAAUGUCCGUUGUGGCCGAGGGUGGCAGAAACGAUCAAGGACGUGUACCAACCCAGCACCUCUAAAUGGAGGUGCGUUCUGUGAGGGCAUGUCAGUUCAGAAGAUAACAUGCACUUCAUUAUGUCCAGUGGAUGGCAGUUGGGAAGUGUGGAGUGAAUGGUCAGUCUGCAGUCCAGAGUGUGAACAUCAACGUGACAGGGAAUGCACUGCUCCCUCUCCAAGGAAUGGAGGAAAAUCCUGUGAGGGGCUGAGCCAGGAAUCUGAAAACUGCACAGAAGGAUUAUGCAUACAAGAGAAAAAACCUCUUCAUGAAUUAAAACCACAAAGCGCUGAGAAUGCCAGUGACAUUGCCUUGUAUUCUGGUCUAGGAGCAGCCAUCAUUGCUGUAGCUGUACUGGUAGUAGGAGUUACGUUAUACCGAAGGAGUCAGAGCGAGUAUGGCGUGGAUGUUAUUGAUUCGUCUGCCUUGACAGGAGGCUUUCAGACCUUCAAUUUCAAAACUGUCCGACAAGGUAACUCCCUUCUUCUGAACUCAUCUCUUCAACCUGACUUAACUGUGAGCAGAACCUACAGUGGUCCAAUCUGCUUCCAGGACCCAAUGGACAAAGAGCUAAUGACAGAGUCCUCCAUAUUUAACCCAUUAACAGACAUCAAGGUUAAGGUCCAGAGUUCAUUUAUGGUUUCCCUUGGAGUGACAGAGAGACCAGAAUUCCAUGGAAAAACUUUGUCUGGGACAUUUCCUCAUGGGAACAACAGGUGCUUUGGUACUUUACAUGGAAGAAACAAAACCCCAUACAUCCAGAACCUUUCUUCUAUUUCAUCCAAGCCAGAGAUGAGAGUAAGUGGAUUCUUUGGUCACCAAGGAGGACGACUGGUGAUGCCAAAUGCAGGGGUGAGCCUGCUGAUCCCACACGAGGCUCUACCAGAAGACAGCUCUUGGGAAAUCUUUCUGUCAGUCAAUCAGGGGGAACCAAGCUUGCAGCUGGAUGGAGCCGAGAUUCUCCUGGGACCAGAGGUAACUUGCGGACCACUUGAUAUGACCUUGUCUACUCCUGUGGCCUUAACGAUCCCGCAUUGUGCCGAGAUCAGCUGUGAACACUGGAAUAUCCGACUGAAGAGAAGAUCCCAGCAGGGCAAAUGGGAGGAAGUGAUGGCUACUGAUGAUGAAACCACGUCAUUUUAUUGCCUUUUGGACCCCUUCACUUGCCAUAUUCUUUUGGACAGUUUUGGAACUUAUGCCUUGGUAGGGGAACCUCUCACAGACUGUGCAGUUAAAGAGCUCAAAGUAGCCGUGUUUGGCUGCAUGUCCUGUAAUUCUCUGGAUUACAACUUGAGGGUGUACUGCAUAGACAACACACCCUGUGCAUUUCAGGAAGUGCUUUGCGAUGAAAGGCAUCAAGGAGGACAACUGCUGGAAGAGCCAAAGUUGCUUCAUUUCAAGGGGAAUACCUUUAGCAUUCAAAUAUCUGUUCUUGACAUCCCUCCUUUUCUCUGGAGGAUCAAACCAUUUACAGCAUGUCAGGAGGUCCCAUUCUCCCGCGUUUGGUGCAGCAACCAGCAGCCACUGCACUGUGCCUUCUCCCUGGAGCGUUACACGCCAGCCACCACCCAGCUGUCUUGUAAGAUCUGCGUCCGACAGGUCAAAGGUCAUGAGCUUAUUCUUCAGGUCCAGACUUCAAUUCUGGAGAAUGAACGAGAAACCAUAGCUUUCUUUGCACCAGAGGACAACACUUACCUGGCACACACUGGUCCUAAAGCCUUCAAAAUCCCUCACUCCAUCAGGCAGAGGAUAUGUGCAACGUUUGACACACCCAACUCCAAAGGAAAGGACUGGCAGCUGUUAGCACAGAAACUUUCUAUAAACAGGAACUUGAGCUACUUUGCCACUAAAAGCAGCCCAUCAUCUGUUAUAUUGGACCUAUGGGAAGCAAGGCAUCCAUAUGAUGGAAACCUGGAUUCUUUGGCCUGUGCUCUAGAGGAGAUAGGGAGGACACAAACCAAACUUUCACUAGUGACAGAGACUCAUGCAGAAGAUUCAGACUUCAGCUACAGUACACAAAAUGGCCUUUGA